GCAUCGACCCCGGUGUCGCUAGUCACAAGUUGAAUCUUGAUCGAACUGUCCGACCAAUCGUUCAAAAAAGAAGAAAAAUGGGGUCGGAUUGUCAGAAAGCGUUGGAAGAGGAAGUUAAGAAACUCAUCAACAACAAAUUCAUUAAAGAAGCCAAGUAUCCAACGUGGGUCUCAAACCCCGUCCUCGUCAAGAAAAGCAAUGGCCUGUGGAGGUUGUGUAUCGACUUUUCCGACUUGAACAAAGCGUGCCCGAAAGACAGUUACUCGCUCCCGCACAUAGAUUAUAUGGUUGAUGCCACAUCGGGACACGAGUUGAUGAGCUUUAUGGAUGCCUACUCUGGUUAUAACCAAAUUCCUAUGGAUCCUGAGAUUCAGAACACACCUC